CAUGCCGGGUCUGGCCCCUCCCCCUUCUAGGUGCCCCCACCCCGAGCGUGGCGGUUGUUGUGGCGGGGCGGGGCCUCCGGGUCCUCGAUGACGUCAGUGGAAUGCCCGCAAAGUGCCAAAGAGCGUUCGUUAUUUCUACAAUGCUCUAGGCGUUUAAAGAAGAGAGUCUCAGCAAUGACUAACCCAUUCAACAUUGCCUGUUUCUAACCCAGCUCAACAGACAGUUGCCUGCUCCUGAAGAGCCUUCACCUCAAGCUGGGAUGGAAUCUUGUUGGCAACUGCUGCCUCAGUCUCUGUUUUUCCUUCAUUUGCUGCUGCUGCCCAUCUUUGCUGAAGGUGCCACCAGAGUCUAUUACCUGGGUAUCUGUGAGGUGGAAUGGAAUUAUGCUCCAACAGGGAAGAACAUAAUCACAGGCCGAAGCAUUAAAGAUGACCCAGAAGCCUCUACGUUCCUCCAGUCUGGCAAGGACAGGGUGGGAAGCACUUACAAAAAAUCUGUGUAUAAGCAAUACUCAGACUCCACGUAUACAAGAGAGAUCCCCAAACCUGCCUGGCUGGGAUUUCUUGGGCCCAUCAUACGAGCAGAAGUGGGUGACACCAUUACCGUGCACCUAAAAAACUUUGCCAACCGGCCACACACGGUCCAUCCUCAUGGCGUCUUCUACAAGAAGGACUCAGAAGGGUCCCUGUACCCCGAUGUGUCCUCACAGGAUCAUAAGAAGGAUGAUGCUGUUCCACCAGGAGGGAAUCACACAUAUACUUGGACUGUCCCUGAAGAUCACAGCCCAGUGGCUGACGACCCAACCUGCUUGACCUGGGUCUACCACUCUCACACUGAUGCACCGAAGGACAUUGCUUCUGGGUUGAUUGGGCCAUUACUGACAUGCAAAGAAGGAGCUCUGACUGGCACAUCUCAAAGACGGCAUGACGUGGACCUUGAUUUCUUUCUCAUGUUCAGCGUGAUUGAUGAGAACCUGAGCUGGCACCUGGAUGAGAAUAUUGCAUCAUUCUGCACAGACCCAGAAUCUGUUGAUAAGGAAGAUGAGGAGUUCCAAGUGAGCAACAGAAUGCAUGCUAUUAAUGGUUAUGUGUAUGGGAACCUCCCUGAGAUGACAAUGUGUGCUGGGGAUCACGUGGCAUGGCACCUCUUUGGGAUGGGCAGUGAGACUGACGUUCACACAGCCUUCUUCCAUGGACAGACACUCACCAUCAGAGGCCACAGGUCUGACGUGGCCAGCCUCUUUCCAGCCACUUUUGUUACAGCUGACAUGAUCCCCAGUAACAACGGGAGAUGGCUUCUGAGCUGUCAGGUCAACAAUCACCUGCAAGCUGGAAUGGAAGCGGUCUAUGAAGUCAGACAGUGUUCUCAGAAAACUCCAGAGUCCUUCAUGAAUGGGACAGUUCGGAAAUACUAUAUAGCUGCAAAGGAAGUACAGUGGAAUUAUGGCCCCUCGGGGCUUGACCAGAGCACUGGGAAAAGUCUGCAGGAGCCAGGCAGCUCUUCUGAGCAGUUCUUCAAGCAUAGCGCCAGCCGGAUUGGGGGAACCUACUGGAAGGCCAAGUAUGUGGAAUAUACUGAUUCAACAUUCCGGGUAGAAAAACAACGGUCAGAAGAAGAGACGUAUCUUGGGAUACUUGGUCCAGUGAUAAAAGCCGAAGUGGGAGACACUCUCUUGGUGACAUUUGCUAAUAAAGCCUCUUGGCCCUUCAGUAUCCAACCCCAUGGUGUGCUUUAUGGAAAGAAGUGGGAAGGAACGCUGUACCACGACGGUCUGUCAUGGAAUGGGGCUUCAGUUGAGCCUCUCCAUAACUUCACAUACCACUGGACUGUACCACAGCAUGUUGGACCCACUGCCAGUGACCCUCCUUGCCUGACCUGGAUGUACUCCUCUGCGAUAAAUCCCAUCCAAGAUACCAGUUCCGGCUUAGUGGGCCCUCUGGUGAUCUGCAGACCUGGGACUCUCAACACCAGCAACAAGCAGAAAGGGAUCGACAAGGAAUUUUACCUCCUGUUCAGUGUAUUUGAUGAGAACCUCAGCUGGUAUUUACCUGCAAAUAUAAAAUACUAUUUGAGAACGGAAGAAGCUUUCGUGAAAAAGGAUGAAGGCUUCAAGGAGUCCAACAGGAUGCAUGCCAUUAAUGGAUUUAUGUUCUAUAACUUGCCCAAGCUGGAAGUAUGUAAAGGGGACACUGUGUCUUGGCACUUUCUGGGUCUGGGCACUGACACAGAUGUGCAUGGAGCCGCAUUCCAAGGAAACACUAUUCAGAUGAAUGGGAUGAGGAGAGAUGCAACCAAUCUGUUCCCUCACACGUUUGCUACUGCCCUCAUGCAGCCUGAUCAUGAAGGCACUUUUGAGAUCUACUGUCAGACUAGCAACCAUUACCAGUCUGGGAUGAAGGCGCGUUACUCUGUCUCAAAGUGUGGCAAAGGAGCACCUGUUCCUGACCCCCAAUACGAGGAGGUGCGGACACACUACAUCAUGGCACAAGAGGUGGAGUGGGACUACUCACCAGAUCGCAGCUGGGAGCUGGAACACCACAACAUCUCUGGGCAGGAAAGCUAUGGCAACCAAUUUCUGAGCAAUGAGAAUGGACUUCUGGGCUCCAAGUACAAGAAGGCAAUUUACAGGGAAUACACUGAUGGGACAUUCAGAAUACCCAAGAACAGGACCAGCGAUGAGGAGCAUUUAGGGAUAUUGGGUCCUUUUAUCUGGGCAGAAGUUGGAGAUGUCCUCAACAUUGUGUUUAAGAACAAUGCUACACAAGCCUACUCCAUUCAUGCGCAUGGGGUACUGGAAAGGAAUGAUGGACAGGUGGAAGCCGCAAAGCCUGGUGACAUUGUAACUUACCGCUGGGAUGUUCCUGAAAGAUCCGGUCCAGGACCAAAUGAUUUUGUCUGCGUUUCUUGGGUUUACUACUCUAUGGUGGAUCCUGUAAAGGAUAUGUACAGUGGCCUGAUAGGCCCCCUAAAGGUCUGCCGUAAAGGGGCGCUGGGCUCUGAUGGGAGGAGGAAGGGCAUCAACAGGGAGUUUGCACUCCUAUUCCUGGUUUUUGAUGAAAAUCAGUCAUGGUACCUGGAGGAAAAUGUGAAAGCUUAUGCACAUGGGAAUCAGAGCAAAAUCAACCUGCAGGAUGAAGAAUUUGUGGAAAGCAACAAAAUGCAUGCCAUCAAUGGGAAGCUCUAUGCAAACUUGCCUGGACUGACCAUGCACCAAGGAGACUCGGUGAACUGGUACCUGUUGGGAAUGGGCCAGGAGAUCGAUGUGCAUACAGUCCAUUUUCAUGCCGAGACCUUCACAUACAGGAAUGGCAAGAGUUACAGGGCAGAUGUUGUGGAUCUGUUCCCUGGGACCUUCGAAAUGGUGGAGAUGGUGGUUGGGAACCUUGGGACAUGGUUGCUUCAUUGCCAUGUGUCAGAUCAUAUUCAUGGUGGUAUGGAGGCACUCUACACAGUCUUACCAAGACCAGAGACAGUGCCCGAGAUCUUAGCGACAAAAGGAGUGACCUCUCCUGAGGACGAGUCCCAUAAGGUCGUUGUGUUUGGAGUUAAGAUGGCUCAGGAGCAAGUGGAGGUCACAGUCAUCGUUCUGGCUGUUGCAGGGAUUGUGCUGUUCCUCGUUGCCAGCUUCCUGCUGGGUAUGAUCAUCCGCCUCGAGAGGCAAAGGAGGUUAAGACGCAACAGGAGGUCCAUACUGGAUGAUGGAUUCAAACUCAUGUCUAAAAACAAUCAAGUAAUUUAGGAGUUGUGUAAGGCCUUUUACCCACAAGCAUGGAGCACAAGUCACUUCAUAAAGCCAAACAAGGAGCCCUCAGUACUUUGUCAACAAAAAUUCCUCCCACGAGCGUUCCCCUUUCAGCUAGCUGAAGAGGGGCUGUGGGAGUGAAAAGGAUCUCCAAGUGCCUUCCUUUUCCCAAAGGGGGAGAAGCAAUUAUGAAGACUUUUCUCACAGCAAAUUCUCUCUCCACUGAAGCAGCCUCACUUGCUUGGGUCUUCUCUUUCUAAUGAAGGAAAGAAUGAGGAGACAAGAGCUCUCAGGCUGAGUUCUAUCUUUGCCCAGCUGCCAGAGUUGGGCUGGACAUGGUCUCCCUAAGUGACCAUGAACCAUGAUCUUACACUGAACCCAAGUAAUCUGAGGAAAAAGAUAAUCGUUGGUGUUUGUGAAUAAAGAAAGAUGAGAAUAGAUAGGAGAAAGCACUUUAUUUGUAUCUGAUUUCUCUGCUUUUUAUGAGAAGCAGGAAGAACACAUACAGUACACUGUGUCACAGUGUCUAAGGAGAUCCAUCAAGAACAUAACAGUAGCUGUGCUUCAGCCUUUGGCACUGCUGACACAUCACAAUGCAUAUAUAUGCAUGCUACAGGGAACACAUUUGAGUAUCAGGCUUUCAGGGGUUUACUAUAAGUGGUUGGGGGUGGAGCUUUUACACAUGCUGCAAAAUGCCUUGACAGUUCCCUGCAUUAAAACUCUGUUAAUCUGCAAGUGUAAAUUAAGUGCAAUAUUUAAGUGUUUGUACAGUUCCUAGUAGAGUGGGGAGCUGAUAUGCUACGAAGCUUUGUGAUUUAUUUUCAUGUCCAUUGAUGCUCUUUCCACUCUUCAUAUCAAAAUACACAUUGUUUUAUU